GCAGGUCCCUGACGGAAACGCCUCUACAUGCCGUGAAAAUCACCGUUUGCCCCAAAUUGCCCCAAAUCGAGCAAACCCUAAUUGAGAUGCCUUGUUCCGAUUCAGUCGUCAAAUUCCCCCAGCCACGUCAAUAUUUCUGCAAUUCAGUGUGUCGUCCGUGAUCCGAAGUUAAAAUCGUGGUUGCCGGUGGUUGUUUUCCGGUGAGAAGCCCGAUUGUUGGUCGCCCGUGGGCAUCCGCUGCGGUUGUUGGAACUUGGCAGCGUUGUCCGUUGCGAGUGUUCUGCUGUGUUGUUUUCCUGUGAGAAGCCCGAUUGUUGCAGAUGGGGAGCAGAUGGUGUUCUGCUGUGUUGUUUUGGUCGGCCGUGAUAAUCCUCAUUGUUGGUUUAUCUUAUUCGAAGGGGUGUUCUGCUGCGUUUUUUUUUUUGCUGGUGAGAGGCCUGAAAUCCCAUGAUGCUGAAGGGGAGAGCAGUUCUUCAGAGGAUGAGGUCUUGGAUGACGCUCCUGCCUCUAGCAUUGAUGAUGAUGCCGCAAAAGAUGGGGAUGAGUUUUUACUCCAGGAUGUUAAGGAAAAAAUGGUAAGGGUGGGGGCCCACGAUAACAACAAGAAUCAAACUACCGAAGAUUCCAGCAGAUCUAUGCUUCCUGGAGGGUAUAAUCCCAGACAUAGAGAACCUUCGUACAGGUAUUAUUCCCACCUUCCCCUUUUUCUGCGAGUUGUUUUGUUAGUUGCUAUUGUAUGCUUUGCAUUCAGACCUCUUCUCACACUAUGAGUUUGUAUGACUUUUCAA